AUGGAUAUUAAAAACAAUGUUUCUAUCAAUCUUAUCAAACCCAUCCAUAACGAUACCGUUCAUAAAAUUUGCUCCGGACAGGUGGUUCUAAGUCUUGCAGUAGCCGUCAAAGAAUUAGUGGAAAAUUCUCUUGAUGCUGGUGCUACAAAUGUGGAUAUUCGAUUCAAAAAUUACGGUGUAGACCUUAUUGAAGUUUCAGAUAAUGGUACAGGUGUAACAGAAGAUAAUUUCACGGCAUUAACAUUAAAGUAUCAUACUUCUAAGUUAAGUGAAUAUUCAGAUUUACUUGGUGUAUCAAGUUUUGGCUUUAGAGGAGAAGCAUUAAGUUCAUUGUGUUCUUUAGCAAACCUGACCAUAACAACAAGACAUCAAAGAAGUGAAUUUGCUACAAAAAUAGAAUUUGACCAUAAAGGAAACAUAAUUAACAAGACACCUUGUUCUCGCCAGAUUGGAACUACAGUAACUUUAACAAAUCUCUUUUGCUCCCUUCCAGUAAGGCUAAAAGAAUUUCAUAAAAAUGCUAAAAGAGAAUUUAAUAAAAUGACAAACCUGCUAUAUGCAUAUUGUUUAAUAUGUAAAGGAGUUAAAAUAACAUGUAGUAAUCAAACAAGUUCUAAUAAUAAGUCCUUAGUUGUAGCAACACAAGGUUCAAGCUCGUAUAAAGAUAACAUUGCUUGUGUUUUUGGUAUUAAACAACUACAAAGUAUUCUUGAAAUAAAGACCGAGCUGGUAACUAAUAUAAAAGACAAUAUAUUUAGGGGUUUAUCAGGAGAAGUAAAAGAAAAUGAGGAAAGUGUGAAUAUAGAAGAUGUUGAAAUUGAUUUGUCUGAAGAUUCAAAUGAUGCUCAAAAUGAUGAAAUAAAAUGUUCACAAGAAAUAACUGGCACUCAGAAAACACAAGGAUAUAGAAAUAUACCUAAUCCUGUGGAACUUAUAGGAUAUAUAUCUUCAUGUGCUCAUGGCAGUGGGCGAUCUAGCACUGAUAGGCAGUUCUUUUAUGUAAAUUCAAGACCUUGUGAACCCACCAAAGUUAUAAAACUUGUGAAUGAAAUUUAUAGACAGUAUAAUGGAAAUCAAUAUCCUUUUGUUUUCCUUAAUAUUAAUAUAGAGAGGCUGAGUGUAGACGUUAAUGUUACUCCUGAUAAAAGGAAAGUAUUUCUGACAAAAGAAAAAGCCAUAUUAGAUGUAUUAAAAACUUCUUUGCUCAAACUAUUUGAAGAUAUACCUAGAACUUUAAAAGUAGAAGCUUCUAAUAUUCUUAGUCAGAAAAUUGAACCUGAAUUAAAGCAGCCUAGAGUUUUUCAGUCUUUCAUAAAACAAUUUAGCAAUCAAUCUGAUACAUCUUCAGUUAAUAAAGCUAACCAGAAUCCAGAAAAAUCAGAAUUAAAAAGAAAAUCUACUACUAAUUUAGAUAGUUACAUUUCAAUAAAAAAGAGCUUUGUUACUGACAUUACAGAAAAAGCAAUUGGAAAUGAAGAAAUUAAUGAAGAGUCAAAAUUAAGUGAUAACAUAAUAGAUGCAAAUAUCAGUAACAAUGACGAUACAAACGGUGAAAAUAUCCAUGAAAAUGAAAUUUCAAAAGAGCUUACAUAUAUAGAUUAUUUUAAUAAAGUACCACUAAUACACAUAGAAAAUCAUUCAGAUGAUAUAAUUGAGGAAUCUCACACUAUAUAUUGCAAAACUGAAGAACUUAUUAAAACACCCAAGUCAAAAGUACAAAAAGUAAUAACAGAUAAGGAAGACCUCGGCAAGUAUUCACGAAAAUCUGUUAAUUUAAAAACUUCUAUAGAACACGUGAAGGCAUUGACAGAAAUAUAUAAUAAAAAGAAUAGUAAAUCUAAUCCUGAUAGGAUAAAAUUUAAAGCAGCAAUAAAUCCUGUGUUCAAUAAGAAAUGUGAAGAAGAGUUGAGUAAAGAAAUAUCAAAGGAAUCUUUUAAGAAAAUGACUAUUGUAGGUCAAUUUAAUUUAGGUUUUAUAAUAACAAAGUUAGAGGAUGAUCUGUUCAUUAUUGAUCAACAUGCAACUGAUGAAAUUUAUAAUUUUGAAACAUUACAAAGAACAACAGAAUUGACCAGUCAGAAGCUGGUAAUUCCACAACAAUUGGAACUAACAGGUGUCAAUGAACAAAUUUUAUUGGACAAUUUGGGUAUUUUUAAAAAGAAUGGUUUUACAUUUAAAAUAGAUGAACAUGCUCCACCUACAAAGAGAGUUAAACUUCUAACAUUGCCGAUGUCAAAGAAUUGGAUAUUUGGAAAAGAAGACAUUGAAGAACUUUUAUUUAUGCUUAAAGAAAAUCAAUCGGAACACUGCAGACCAAGUCGAGUGAGAGCAAUGUUCGCAUCGAGAGCUUGCCGAAAGUCUGUCAUGAUAGGCACUGCCCUCGGCAAAGCUGACAUGCGGAAACUUGUUGAUCACAUGGCAGAUAUUGAUAAGCCUUGGAAUUGCCCCCACGGAAGGCCCACAAUACGCCAUCUUGUAAAUCUUGCAAUGGUACAAACUAAAGAUGACCAUAACAGUCUC